UGGUCAUCUCUGCAGGCAUCACCACCUGAGCAUCUCACCAUCUCAAGCGAUUACAAACAAGUGAUGGCCAAUAUUUUGCAUGGACUUGACUUGGAGGAUUAUCUGUGCUGAAUGUGGAUAUCAGAACUGGCCACAUUGGCGUCAAGAGGAGUAAAUGAAGGAGAUGUACAGAAAGCUAGAUCAAAAGGACCCCAAGUUGGAGAAAGAGGGUCCAUCGGAUUGCCUUGAUGCCGACAAGGAUGACCAUGACUCUGGCACGGGAAGCAAGAGACAAAGUCGCUGUAGUUUCAGUGGAUCUACGAAGGAUGAGACAAAGAGGUAUACUCAGGAUUUAACACCCACAGAGGGGCACGAUCCCAACGAUCACGUGUCCUCUUCUCCGACUGGAUAUGUUCCUUCAAUCAAAGUCAACAGGUCGUUUCCCAAACUGACAGAUCCUAUCACUGACGACCUGCAUGGCGGGGAGGAGCGAGGCCUUUUGCAGGGGGAGUAUGAUUCCUGUGAAAGGGUUGUUGUCAACGUCAGUGGAUUACGGUUCGAGACACAGCUGAAAACUCUCAACCAGUUCCCCGAGACACUUCUAGGGGAUCCGGUGAAGAGAAAUAGUUACUAUGAUGCUCUUCGGAACGAAUAUUUCUUCGACCGUAACCGACCAAGUUUCGAUGCAAUUUUAUAUUAUUAUCAGAGUGGCGGCCGUCUACGACGACCCGUGAAUGUGCCACUGGAUGUAUUCUCAGAGGAAAUAAAGUUUUAUGAACUUGGCGAGGAUGCAAUAGAAAAGUACCGUGAGGAUGAAGGGUUCAUCAAGGAGGAAGAAAAAGUGCUACCUGAAAAUGAAUUCCAGCGGCGCGUGUGGUUGUUAUUUGAAUAUCCAGAGAGCUCAAUGGCAGCUCGCAUCAUUGCCAUCUUUUCAGUAUUAGUCAUUUUGUUGUCAAUUGUCAUAUUUUGCUUGGAAACAUUACCAGAAUUCAAACACUACCGCGUAGUGAAUGUCACAGAACACGGAGACGAAUCUCUCGAAGAGGAUGAUAUACCGAAAUUCAACGAACCAUUCUUCUGUAUAGAGACGGCCUGCAUAAUAUGGUUUACUGGUGAACUGUUAAUUAGGUUCGCUUCCUGCCCCGGAAAGCUCGGCUUCUUCAAAAACAUCAUGAACCUCAUUGACAUUGUGGCCAUCAUUCCCUAUUUCAUUACCCUUGGCACGGUCAUCGCUGAUGAUAGCAAAAGCAACAACCAGGCUAUGUCUCUAGCAAUUCUUAGGGUGAUUAGGUUAGUGAGGGUGUUUAGAAUAUUCAAGUUAUCAAGACAUUCUAAAGGAUUGCAGAUCUUAGGACAGACGCUGAAAGCUAGUAUGCGAGAGCUUGGCUUGCUCAUCUUCUUCCUGUUCAUCGGAGUGAUUUUAUUCUCGAGUGCAGUGUACUUUGCUGAAGCAGACUCGGAAGAGUCGCAUUUCAAAAGCAUACCGGAUGCAUUUUGGUGGGCUGUUGUUACCAUGACUACUGUGGGAUACGGUGACAUGCGCCCCAUUGGUGUUUGGGGUAAACUUGUUGGAUCCCUCUGUGCUAUAGCUGGUGUGCUCACAAUCGCAUUGCCUGUACCAGUUAUUGUGUCGAAUUUCAACUACUUUUAUCAUCGGGAAACGGACAAUGAUGAGAAACAGAGCUAUGUUCACGUUCAAACCUGCCCUAACUUUGGCAAGAAAGGCUCUACCUCGUCUGGCAGCAUGUCAGAUAUAAUGGAGAUGGAAGAGGGUAUUAUGCUUAACACUGAUAGGACAUCCAAACUAAACCAUGCUACCAAGAAUAAUCCAAUCAACGUUAAUAAUGUCAGUAUAGAGACUGACGUAUGAAACUGGCUACAACAUCUUAUUCAAACUAAUCACUACCUGCUGGAGACUUCCAAGUUUGUUUUAUAUUUUGUUAAUGAUAUUUUUAAGAUGGAGUGCAAGUUUCCUCAAAGGCACCACUCUAUAGGUAAAGGGAGGAAGAGAAAAUGUAUAAUCAAAAUGAAGUAUUACAGAUUUAAAAGCCAGUAAAAUCAAAAAGCUGCCUUAUGUGAAUGCUCAUUCACAACAGAACUUCCUCAUAUAUACCUCUUGAGUAACGUCUUAAGAAGGCCAAUUCUAGUCAUGGCAAAGUAGCCGUUUAUUACAAUACCAAGUGCUUUGUCACCUUUACCCAUAUUAUCAUACAGCAUGACCUUUUAGCUUCUCCAAGUUUCUUGUAUGGAUCAAACUUCUGCUUCAACCUUCUCCAGUGUAAGUCAGUUUACGAGUCCUUCUCCUAGUUCAAGGGAGUUGUUGUAGAACAUUGCUCGCGUUUUAGAUUGCCAGUGGAAUGUUUUUCAAAUAUGUGAAUUUGAGAUACCAUUCGGCUUCUUUACGUUAUGCUGAUAUUCCAUAGAUGUGUGGAUCUGACUUGUCGCCAGCCUGCCAGUGCCCUCCCGGUGCAUCCAAUGACAGGUGUGCUUGCAAGGACCCACAGGGAAACUCAAGAAACUUCCAACACCUCAAUCAAUAUGGACUCUGAAAGCACAUACUGGGACGUUGGCUGAAGGACAAACUUUCAUCUAAGUUUGCAAAGUUACGAUUUCCCUAGCUGGGUAUUUUGCUGCAGCGUGGAAGGUGUUACUGAGCUGGUGUGCAUUCCUUGAUGAACCAUCACCCCAGGAUUGUUACUUUCCAUACUUAUUAUGGCAGAUCUCUAUCAAUAUCUUAUCCCAUCUGUGAUUUAAAAUUAUUGCUCAAGUUUCUGUGACGCAGAGUAUUGAUGGUGACACGAAGUAUAUGCAGACCUUCUCUCUUGUUUGUUGUAAAUAUCCGUUAUAAACCCAGGUAUGAUGGUCGUGGUGGUGAACAAGGAAUUCUUGGUAGUUAUGGCCCUUCAUCUUUCUCUCUGAACCAGCGUUGAAAUCAUCUUACUUUCAAUUUCUUAUGCAAACAAACAAAUCUUUACGGAGGAUAUCAGACAGAUGGCUUCAGCAAAGACGCAUUUCGCUUUCUUGGAUCAGACUUCUUCAAACUGCAUCUGAUCUUGUGAUGUGGAAUCGGUACAAGUUGUCUAGUGUGGUCAGUCUCAUCUCCUUCGAGUGCCCACAUGGAAGUAGCAACAGUCAAAGACAACUGUGAUGAUGCGAGCAAUCGUCUCAUCGGAUUUAAGCCAGUUUGCCGACGGUGAGGAUUCUUGGAUUUGGAAUUACCAGAAGUGUGUUACUAUCUAAAGCUCAAUUCAACCAGAUAUGGAUUAACUUACGUGAACAAUGCCAAGAUGAUCCAGAGCUGAUCCUGCCAUCUUCAGCUCUGAUAAUGAAGAUGUAACGUUCGCCAUCGGUCAGUUGGAAUAACUGGGUGCAGUACGGAGAGAUAUAAUAAAAGGUCUAACUGCUGAGCACAUGAGUGGUGCAUCAGCUUCUAGGUGCAUCAUAUCAGCCAAUCAGGGUUUGGAUGUCGACUAUGCAAUCUAAUGGAUUAUACCAAAGCUCGAGAAGGUCGGAGAAUAGCCAUGCUGAUACUGUCGCCACAACAUACACGACAGGAUAUGAAAGCGACAUGAGAAACGUGAGUGGCGGCAGAAUGAUUGUCAUCGGAUGAUGUGACCAUGUUUAUAAACCAAGUUCUUCCAAGUCUUACCUGUCAGCACGUGUGCAUGUUGGAUACGGAACGCAGCGUCUCAAUGUCCAACAAUAUUGUGUCAAAGAAUUACCGGAUAGUGCGGGCGUUUUUUUCAAGUGUUAAGUUGGUGUUUUUCAUUUCUGAUGAAAACCCUGAGUAAUGUAUUGUUACGCGCUGUGUUGCAUUGCGCUAUGUAUUAUGUUCUCCAAUCCCUUAUAUGGGCGUUCAGCGCAAGAUUCUGGAUGUACGAUUUAGUGAGGCGUUCCAGAUGAACAAGAGAUGAACACAGGCAUAGAAGUGUGGAUGGUUUGAUGGACGCCACGACCCACCGUGACUGCGCCCCGAAUUAUCAUCAUCAAGUCUCUCUUCUUUGCUCACAAACCGGAGUGAUCCUUCUGCUUCCGUGAAGACGGGCUGUACAUGACAAAACUUUAUGAUAACGCGGAGAGCACAGUACUCGUCGGGAGUCUUUCUUGGAUACUUCUAUGUUUGGGGAUAGGGGGCGGUGUGAUACCGAGUGAGCUCGUUCAUUGGUCAAUAAGACUUUGUAUUCCAUACGCAAAUGCCUGCCUGACAUCCCUAAACUACUUCAGUUAAUGAUCUCUCCUGGUUUCUGUUUUCAGGAGGGUCCAUUUGAGUUAUAGGGGUGUCGGGGAUUCAUCCCACCAACUUCUUAUUUUGGGUGAUGGGAAGUAUGUAUGUUAUUCUUUAAGGUAUAAGAUGUAAACAACUGUAUCUGAGGUCGACUUCAUUUCCAGACCAAAUGUGCAACUCAAUGUCUAAGAAUCAUUUAGGCAGGUUACAGUGACCUUCACUUGCCAACGUGAUCUUCUCGAAGAGAUGAGGCCACUAACAGAGGUGAGGGAAAUAUUGCAAAAAAACAAAACUGUUCACUUACAUGGACCCAUCACCCAAUGUUUAGAAGUCGCUGUGAUUCAAGUAGAUGUUUUAUAAUUAUACGUGUUGACUUUUUUAUGCAAACCUCCAUCAAGUCUGUGCUGGCUGAAGUUGGUGAAGUCUCUUUUGAAGUAAGACUACAGAUGAAGCGUACAGGCUGCCGUCUUCAGAGUCAUAUUGGGGACUAGAUAAGCACCUCUUACAAUGGAAUGGCCCAAACUUGCUAAGUUUUGGGGUCAGCCUCUGCUACCUUCAUGUCGAGGCAGACCUGAUGUCGGGAACAUCAAAGGCUGAGCCGAGAAGUCAGUCAUUUUGUUUCCCGACAACAGAGCUCAACCACAGGCGGUGCUCAUUUCGAAAGAGGUGAAUUGUAAUCUAAAAGCUGCAGUUGGCCUUCAGUAUCUGUUAUCAUUUGAUUUUCAUCAACUUCAGUCAGCCAAACGAGUCUCUCCUUCAUUUGAUUGGUGUUGGCAAUAGAUCCUUGUUGCUCCCCACUCAUGUCCCAAAACUGGCAAAAGGCUGUACUAUCCAGUCCUGAACAAUAAGCCUAUUGAGCUGUGUAGAUGAUGCCCAGCAGGUGAAACAGGUCACACUUUGAAUGUCAGAUUGACGUCAUUGACACAGGAACCUCACAGCAAUCAUGUCAGUUAUGCAGUGUGGUGAUGACAACCAUGACGUUCUCCACAGUUUCUGACCUCCUGACAUCAGCAACGUCAAGGACAGCGAUCACAGUAAUCUGUCUUUUGUUGAAGGCCUCUUGGAUUACCGUCUGGCUUCACAGGAGUCGCUCCUGACCACUUUCAAAUGUUGUGAGAGACCAUGGGUACGUUGUCCCUUAUCAUCUCAACUCGCUGGGAUGAAUGAAUCCUGGUCGUGUUGGCAGCAGCCUUUUGUCAUCAAGGGCAAUAUUCAGAUCAAACUUCAGCUUGUUGUAUUCAGUGUUAAUCCUAUAAGGACUGCUGUAGUGGAGUUGUUGGUGCAUUGUCAUGGACAAGUCAACCAAAUUCAGAUUGUUUUAAAGACGGUGUUAUCAAAGUCAUGAAAAUAAUUCACCUUGCUGCAUCCAGUUGGCACCAUUCAGUUGUGCGCAGAGAUAGUCAGCAUGUAGUCAGUCACAUACGCUGUCUGCAUAAACACUGAGUUAGAAGUGCAGUAGCUAUGGUCUAGAUGGGUGGUGGGAAAUCUCCACUCUACAGUGCUCAUAACCUCCAUUCUUAGCUGAUAAUUCCCAGGAUUUGGCUGAAUAUACAGCCAGUUUAUAAGAUACUGCAGUAGUCCUUAUAGAGUUAACAGAGAAAUCUUUGUGGUAGCUAACUCUGUUUCUUAUUUAAUAGUUAUAAAUGUUAUCAGCUUUACAUAGAUGGUCCAUUUGAUUUUCAUUUGGUGCUCAAACACUUGGUGUAACUCUUGUAGUAUAUAAUUGGUUCUGGGUUCUUUCGACUGGUGCUAACUCGCAAAUAGAACUUGUACCCUUGCCUCUUUAACCAAACGCUUUGAAGUAAACCCCUGGCAUUUUAACACAACACUGUGAGUGAACCCCAAGUAUGCUUUUAACGUCCUGAGAAAUGCUGACAUGGGUCACUUCAAAAUAACAAUCCACUUGGUAACUGUAACUCUGAUAUGGGAGUGUCUUUCAAUUGUUACUGUUGGUCCUUGGGCAGAUAGGUUCAAAGGUAUCACUCAGAGAUCCUGUGUAGAUGUACAUUCAGUAGUGCAUUCAAACAGGUUGUAGAACAUUUGUUUACAUGCUGAUGUCACCUUCUGUACAGGAACAAUGCUGGGAUAUAAGUGCUUACCUAAUAACUCCCAUUAUCCUCAUUGAUUGGCCAGAACUGUAAGUAACUGAAUCAUGGUCCACUAGGCUGCCCUAAACUCUGUUGUUCAAAUGUGGUAAAACACCUCAUAAGUAACUUAACACUUGUACAGCUAUUGAUGUUAUUUUGAAAUACUUGGGGUUCACUAGAUCCACCUGUGUAGUAUCCUUCAGAAAUAAAAACAUACGAAACUAUCUCUUUGAAGAGGAAUGUUCUAAAAGGUAUAUGACGUAAACACAACUCAUUCAUCAACAACAGCAGGCGAGUGUCCGAUGAAAUUCUUUAGAGUAUUUGUUUAAAACACGAUGAUAGUUUUUACAGAACUAUUCAUAUAAUGUUUUUAAGGCCAAAUCACCGGUUAGAUGUGUUGAUAUUUCCCUUUGCCUAAGUUGCCAGAAACCUAAUCUCUUGUGUCAUAGUUUUUGUGUUUGGGGAUUUUUCUUGAGGUUUGUCACCUGAUGAUUGGAGUCAUCUAGCUUACAGCAGUGCGGUAUUGAGAAGUUUAGCUUUCCUGUAUAACCAGUGGGAUGGUUGACGGUGGUUGCCACCUUAUGAAAGCAUAUAGCGGCUGCAGUGCUCCUGUAGCAAAGGCUGCAGGCUGGAGCAUUGAUAAUAUGCCAUGCCUGGAGCUUGUGGAGGGUGGUGGCCAUCGUCAACUAGUUACUGAGACAAAAACCUUAUGUUGUAUUACUGUUGAAUUGAACUCUGUCGCCAAAAUGUCUAUUGUGAAAUGAUGGUGCUCACCGGUCGUAAUGCAUUCAGAGUUUAAUCUUUUACUCUUCAGGUUAAUAGCUUAUGGAAAGUAUUACAACAAUUGACUAGAUACAAUGUGUAAAAUGUAGCAAUGCUGUCAAUAUUGGAACUUUAGCAAAUACUAAUACUGUACUUUAGGCUUUUAGAUCAACUUUCAAACAGGCUGAAAAUGAGGCCUGGUUUUCAGACGACAUUGGGGGGGAGAUUGUUUAAUCAUAUUUCAGAUCACAGACUCGAAGGUUAAGUCUGACACAUCGGGGGGGAGGGGGGGAUGAGGUCUACUUAGAAACUAACAUGAUUAUGAACAAAAUAAAGUUCCACCAUGAGGAUAGCUACAUUAACUAACCUACUCUCUCAAACUUGGUAUUCAGUAGUAAACUGCGCAUUUUCAAAUUAGGCUUUGCACCUGAAAGUCGUUAGAAGUUUUUGAUUGGUAGUUGCGGCCCUGUUUACAUAAUUGUUUUGAAACCUCCCUAAAAGGAGUCACUGUGUGACCAGUGCAUUCCACGCUGCUUCUGCACCUCUCAUGCUGUCUUGUUGGUUUUGGUGUGCUUCUUCUUUAGUUCUUGGUUUUCCCUUUAAAGUCUAUUCAUGUUUCACUCAUAUAUGUUAAUUGUUAUUGUUUUAAGGGAUUAAAUAGAUUUUCACCCAGUGGUCGGGUCAUGUGAUCAUGUGCAAACCGAGGAACUUCUGGGAUAUUUGCCAAGUGCUAUUGUCCACUGAAAAACCAAACUUUCACAACCAUACUCAUUUGUUACAACCAUUCUGAUUGGCUGAAUUGAAAACAUGGAUGUAAUGAGUUGAAGAAUUGGCACCGGUCGCGACAUGUCACUUGUGUCACUUGUUGGCUCGUUUGUGUUUUUCGUUAAGAUCUCGACAACAUGUGGUUAUUUCUCAAAGUCGCCCGUUUCUUGAUGAUUGUUGUCUUCAAGCUUUAAAUUGUCUGGCUCUCCUUUUGGGGUUUAGCCGUGGGGCUUCUGUCUCGCAAGAGAAUUGAUCUCUCCAUACUUUAACACGUCUGUUUUGAACAUAAAGUAAAAGCUUUAAACUGAAUGAAUGAAUCUGUUAAUUUUGUUAAAUUUUCCUUAUACUAUGUGCCACACUCAUGUUACUCGUCUCUAGUACUGAGAGCUUUAUUAUUACCUCUUUUGUUUCAUUGCAUGUUUUGCCUUGUUAGCUUCUUUAGCUGUUUGUUCUGUUUGGCGGGUAUUUUGUUGAAAUCAUGGCGACGGACCGACUGCUCAUAAGAAUUCCCAGGGACAAAUAAUGAAUUGUAGAAAUGUAAUGCAUUGAUGCGCGCUUCGUGAUUUGAAUGAAUUAAACCUGCUCCUAUUUCUAUAUAGGUCCGACCCCCCCCCCCCCCAACGCCUUGGCAUUUCUACCAAUAACGUCAUUGUUGUCCUCCUCCUAUGUAGAUGGUUUUAUCAUGUUAUUCUUUCAGAGUUAAAUACCAGCACUGUGCUGCCCUCCAGUGUUACAUCUAUAUAUUAGAGCCCCACUUGCAUGGAGAGUUAACCCUUGCAUGGUUUGUAGCCUCUCUAAUCAGCUCUGGUUCUGCCUAGAUGUAGGUUACCCAAAUGCAGAGAAUCAACAUUGUACUUGUCAAGGUAGAGAUCAUUCAAUUUAUGCGUUUCCUUCAAACUGGCCGCAAUGAGGCAGAUUUUGACUGAUUUCUCGUACUUAAACUUAAACACAGAACAAAAAUGUAACGAAAAUAUAAUGUACAAUGUUGACAGUUAUUUUGUCAAACAUCUAAAUUCAGAUUGUAAACUUAGCAAUUGAAAUGUUCAAGAGCUCUACCUGGCAAUGCGAUUGGUUGACCAUCAAGAUGCAUCCAUAGUAACCAUGGUAGUCAUGGUGACAGUUGUCAUGACAACCAGAUGAGUCGAAAACUUAAAUCAGGGGAUACCUAGUUAUAAAUCACUAUUAUGCAAAAACUUAUGCUACAUGAAUCAAUGCACAUAUUUUAUAUAAGAUAUAUAUAUAGUGUCACGUGUACAGGAUGUUACAUCAAAACUCAUCACUCCGUUUGUACAGGUAUUUCAUUCAUUCACAGUCUCAUCGAGUAUAUACUAUUCAGUGUAAUUAAACGCUUCGACAUAAUGUACAUGGAUUUGUAGCAACACAGAAGUUAUAAGAGUUUUUGUUAAAAUCUCUGAAACUUUCCUAGUUGUAUGGACUCAUUGUUAAUAGUUAGCCAUGUAGGUUGUUACCAGGUACAUCGUGGCAGAGCACAUUGCCUGUGGGCCGUGUUUCCACUGGUCAAGCUCUGUGUGUCAUUUUCAAGCAUCCAUUAAGGAAUCAUAGCUCAAGUUACAUCUUCAUGAUGGUCCAUGUGUACAUCUGUUUGCAGUCGAUUUGGCUCACACGAGUCAUGCAGUUGUUUUCAAGUUUAAUGUACAUCACAUUUGUAUCUAGACUUGUACAGCGUCACAUUUUGAUGGUUAGACUUUGAAUCUUUGACCCAUACGCCGCGAGCGUCUGCUGCCUGUCUUCUCUUGAUGUGUAGCAUCAGCAAACGUGUAGGAAGUUCAUGUUUUAAAUCAAUUCAGCUCUUUUUUCAAUAGAUACACUUAGUGGUAGCAACGAUUGGAUUUAAAUACAUACAACUUUAACUGGCAUAAUUCAUUUGAAGUGUAAAUACAAGAUUUUGUAAAUAAUAUACAUAUUAUGUAAUCAAUCUAUUGUCAAAUCUUUUCAGGGUGUUUAUAUAUACGGUAAGACUGCACUUCUUACAAUAGUACAUGGGUUGUGCAAUAGGGGGUGUUAUACAUUUACAUUUGUUCCAUUUGUGAGUCUGUAGCCGAGUGACACAUUGCUAGUUGAUCAAGUGCGAUGUUUGAGUGAGGAAUAUGUGGUCUGCAGACUUCUGUGUAUGGUCCGCAGACCGUAAAUCUAUGGUAGUUGUUUUUUAUGACUUUGUCUAGAAACUGUAUGAUAGCUGACAGAAUUUCCAUGCCUCAUUCUUUGGUGAGAUCAGAUAUAAUACAAUGUCUGGUCACAAGAGGGCUCUGGCUUUUCCUAGAAUGUCACAGCAUAUAAAAUGUUUACUACGUUAUCUAGUUUAACAAACUAUUUGUAUUCAUUUCUUCAUAUCUUGUGCUUACAUGCUCUGGAAACUAUGCAGAGCUGUCUUGCUUUCAAGUGUCACCUUUUGGUCAAAAUGAAAUGUCCCUGAGCUGGUGUAGCCGAGAAUAUCAAGAUUGAAGGGUGAAAGUCAACAGAUGGAGGCUGAAUAAUCAUGCAUCCAAGUUGGAGCUCUCACAAAGUGGUCUUUAUGGUUAUAUACCGUUCAUAUUUCCUUGGCACAUGGGAUGAACUUGCUGAUGAUAACAUGAACUGAUCUCUAUGCCACUGAGGACUGGCCCUGCAUAGUUUCCUAACUUAAACAUCGAAGAGUACGCUAACGUUGCCGAGGUUUGUAAGGCAUUAUGGUAUUUCUUGGUGGACCUUUUUUUGUUCUGUUCAAUUGUAUAGAUGAUCCAUCUCGAGACGGAAUCGGGUCUGAAUAGUCUCAUGUCAGUCUUUCAACCUUUACAUUGAUGUGACUAGUGACGAGUCGUCGUUUAAGAUAUCUGUUCUGGGUGGUUUGAUUGUCUCUACAAGUCUGACAAGUCGGCCACUUUUCUGGGAAAUGCCAGUUUAAAUAUUCUAAAAGCACUUGAUAGUGUAAGCCCGGUCCAGAACCACUGUAUCUUUCUAGCUCGUAAUGGAUGAUCAAAUUAAUACAAAACCAGUCUAGAACAUUGUGUUGGCACCUGACUGACUUGACAGUAGAAGGCCAGUGAGUGAGCACGUGGACAACAUAAUGAAAACAUUUCUCUUCACUCAAUGGAGCAUGAAUUCGCAACCCUUCACUGAGUUCCAAUGAUUCCUUUGUUCAUUAUUACUGUUUGGAGUAGCUAGCUUGUUUCUCUUGACAAUUGGACGUUCAUUUAAGUGUUUCACCUUCAGACGUGUGUAUGAUAUGAAUGUAUGUUGUAACGACUUCACUCACCAUGCUAGUCAUGGUGAUCAGGAGUUGACUUCUUGUUUCCAGAACAUUUCAUGAGUAAUCUCAGAUGUCUUGUUGAGUUGUAUACAGAUUGUAAGACAGUUGAUGGUUUCAUUGAACUGUUGAUACAUGUUUGCCAUGGAGCACUCUCUCCAGCAAUACUCCACCAAAUAGAGGAGUGCAAUGUGAGGCUGUACUUGACCAAGCAUGUGCUGCCACCUGGUGACAGAGAAGUAGAACUAAAAUGUUCUAGUCCUUCAGAGGUAGUGAUUGUCAUCAUUGUGUAAGGAAGGGAAGUUAUGAGGCGAGGUGGUGGUUCUCUAUAACAUCGAGGUUGUGUUCAGUAAAGUAGCGUUUUGUGGGAGAGAACUGUCUUUGCCAUGGGAAAGUCUCAGUUUGUCUGACAUCUCCAUCCAAGUAUGUUUAUUUCUGUGAUUUCAUAAUGUGCAGCCAGACACUACAGGUAACCUUUUGUUCAUAAAAGUUAUGAACCAGAAAAUUAACUUCUAACUUCUAGUCAAAAUUGUUUUGUUAAAACUGUACAGAGUUUAUUGAUACUUUUACGCUAUUUUAAGUUUAUGUUCUAGACUCAAAAUGACACAAAAUCUUUUAGUCAUUCUAUUGUUAUGACUUGCUUCUGAAAAAUGUGAAAAAGGAUACCUUUUCCCACCCAAGACAGGUAUGAACCUGACAAUAGUCAUGAACUGAAAAAGAAUCGGGCGAUUUAAUGCAAUAUAGUUUGGAGGGUUUUCCUUCACCAUACAGAUUUGUUUGUUCCUUUCCCAUAUGGGCUGAUAUACUGUGAUAGUGAUUUGAAAACUUCUGGCGUUACUGACCUAAUAUGCAGAAUAUAAUAGUCUGGCACUGUAGUGUAUAAAUGUAUAUGAUGUAUGUAUGGUGUAGAACAGGCCACCAUGAUGUAUAGAUGAUACUAAAUUGUGUGCGUGUGUAUUUCGACAUGAUAAUAUUUAUCAUGGCCACUUUUCAUACGAGGGGGCGUUAGUGACUCUAGCACGCGCUCGAACCUCACUCUGGCCAACAAAGACUUGGUGAUUUCUCUGAGCUUUUUUUCUCAAAUGUUCGAUAUACAUAGAUGUCCAUUUGUAGCAUGAUGAAUGCAUUGUAGUUAUAUCUUUAAGAAUUUGCUGCCUAAACCCUGGAAAUAUCCAGUCUAGGUGGCUACCAUCCUUUAACUUCGUUAACACCUUUUGGAAAGUUGCAUAGAAAACUCUCUAUCAUGACUUGCCAACAUAACAUGUAUAUAAUCGUUUUGCUCCGAUCAAAACUUUCCAGGGGGUGUCGAUCCCAAAUCAUAUUCAUUCUCCAUUUGACUACAGGAGUGAACUAACUUUCUUUUCUCCCUAUAUCAGAGCCGUUGGGUAUGUUCAAACCUCUUUGACCGUUUUCUGGUCACUCCAUGUAUAGCAAAUCCUUCAUGCGUGUAUUAAGUUCGUUAGCAAGCUAGUCUGUAGCUACUUUUGAUAUUUAUGUAUUAUUUUGUGCUUCAUGUACCCACAAAAUAAACUAUAAUUAACCAUGGAA